ACUUCCGGUCCGGGGGGGAGGGGAAUCUCCCUUUUUUCCCUUUCCCUUCCACGCCAAGCGGUGCGAUGCGUGUGGAGAAGUGCUACUUCUGCUCCGGCCCCGUCUACCCGGGCCACGGGGUCCAGUUCGUCCGCAACGACUGCAAGGUGUUUCGGUUUUGCAAGUCAAAAUGCCACAAAAACUUCAAGAAGAAACGGAAUCCAAGGAAGGUCAGAUGGACCAAAGCCUUCCGCAAAGCAUCUGGGAAAGAAUUGACAGUGGAUAAUUCAUUUGAGUUUGAGAAACGGAGAAAUGAACCCGUGAAAUACCAGCGAGAGCUUUGGAAUAAGACAGUGGAUGCAAUGAAGAGAGUAGAAGAGAUCAAGAGAAGGCGGCAGGCCAAAUUCAUCAUGAACAGAUUAAAGAAGGGGAAAGAGCUUCAGAAAGCACAAGACAUCAAGGAGGUCAAGCAGAACAUCCACCUUCUCCGGGCUCCCCAUGCAGGCAAAUCCAAAGAGCUGGAAGAGAAGAUGGUUCAGCAAUUACAGGACACCAUGGAGGUGGAAGGUGCCUCCUAGAGAGCAUCUCUGUUGGAGCCUAUUUGUUUAUUUCUGUGUCUGUAAAGUGUGAGAAGCAACCCUGUUUUUUCUCUCUUCUGCUUUGGCCACGCUGAGUGUAGCUGUCAGAGAAGACGACAUGAAGCCCAUUGAAAUGGACUCUCUGUGCCAAAACUGGGACGGAGGGAAUAAAAUGGCUGACUUGAAGAGAAUGGUUUCUUACUAGAUUUUUAUGCAACUCUGUUAAUUCAAAUCCAGUGAGAUGAAUGGGGCAUCA